CAUUAUAAAAACAAAGCCUUGGUCUGCUGAUCAGGACAUGCUGUGGAUUGUCAACCAGCAGGCCACUGUGCCUGUUUUGUGUGUAUAAGGAAACCCAGAGCACAACACUGCGUGCAUGGGCCUCCGGAAACAGGAUGUCCCUCCUGAAACUGCGUCACAAAGUUGCAAAACUUACUCUUCACAAUUCAUCUUUCUCCGACUUGGAGAAAGCAGGACACAUCUCUGUCAGGGCUGCUGAAACAGGGAAUGCAGAAGAUGAGCUCCUUCAGCUUCCAUACAGCAGCCAAGUGUGCUGCCAGGGAUUAUUAUGAAGUCCUCGUGUUGGGUGGAGGCACUGGCGGAAUUUCCAUGAGUGCUCGGAUGAAGAGGAAAGUGGGAGCAGGAAAUGUGGCUGUUGUGGAGCCAAGUAAGACUCAUUACUAUCAGCCCCUGUGGACCCUGGUUGGUGGUGGUGCAAAGCAGCUGGCAACUUCUGCACGUCCAACAGAAAGCAUAAUGCCUAAGGGUGUUGAGUGGAUCAAAUCUCGAGUUACAGCACUGGAUCCAGAUAAGAACUGCAUCUGGCUGGAGAAUGAUGUCAAGAUAUCUUACAAGUACCUGAUAAUUGCCCUUGGGAUUAGUCUGCAUUAUGAAAAGAUCAAAGGUUUGCCUGAGGGUUUUCAUCACCCUAAAAUAGGUUCCAAUUAUUCAGUUCAUACAGUAGAGAAAACAUGGAAAGCUAUACAAGAUUUCAAGGAAGGAAAUGCUAUCUUCACUUUUCCAAAUACCCCAGUGAAGUGUGCAGGGGCUCCUCAGAAGAUCAUGUAUUUAUCAGAGGCCUAUUGGAGGAAAACAGGAAAACGUUCCAAAGCAAACAUAAUGUUCAACACUUCACUUGGUGCCAUUUUUGGUGUUAAGAAGUAUGCUGAUACAUUGCUUGAAAUAAUAAAGGAGAGGAAUAUUGCGGUUAACUACAAGUGCAACCUUGUAGAAGUUCGAGCAGAGAAGCAGGAAGCAGUGUUUGAAAACUUGGAUAAGCCCGGAGUGACCAAAGUUCAUCAGUAUGAAAUGCUUCAUGUUACACCCCCAAUGGGGCCACCUGAUGUACUCAUCAACAGUCCUGUCUCAGAUGAAGUUGGCUGGGUGGACGUAGAUAAGGAAACUCUGCAACAUAAAAAGUAUCCUAAUGUAUUUGGUAUUGGAGACUGCACUAACCUUCCAACAUCAAGAACUGCUGCAGCUGUAGCCGCCCAGUCUGGAGUUCUUGAUAAAACUAUUUCCUUGGUAAUGAAGAACCAGUUGCCAACAAAAAAGUAUGAUGGAUAUACUUCCUGCCCAUUAGUAACAGGCUACAACAAGGUGAUUCUAGCAGAAUUUGACUACAAUGCUCAACCUUUGGAGACCUUUCCCAUUGACCAGAGCAAGGAGAGAGUAACCAUGUACCAUAUGAAAGCUGAUAUGAUGCCUUUUCUCUAUUGGAAUGCACUACUUAAGGGAUACUGGGGAGGACCAGCUCCUGUCAGGAAGCUAAUGCAUCUGGGCUUGAAGUAACUGCUGGUUCUCAGUCUUGGUCAAACCCUUUUGAAGAAAAAGGACUUUCCUUGCAAUAGAUCAGCUUUCCCCCUACUAGGGAUUAAGCCUUCAUAUCCUCUUCCACAGCUCUUCUAUAUAAACCAAGGUCUUUAACUCCUGGGUAUCUACAGAACUAAUUUAAAUUUGCUUUAAUCUACAGCCCACUACUGAAAUGUAGAGCAAUCAGUUAUUUUAAAGCUCUUGUAGAUGUAGGUUUGUCUCCCUGACUCAGGUGAAUUCUAUCUGGCAAUCAUGUGCACUGGAUUUAAGAAAAUAAUUCUAUUCUAGUAAAAUGGCUCAAAAAGGUCUUACUGUUUUCUCAUUUUUGAAGUGUAAACUCAACCUUAAUUUAAGAAACAUAUUUGCUGCCUAGUCAGAUGGAUUGUAGAAAUUCAUGCACGUUAUUAAAAGAACUCAAACCAGUGUAUAUGUUUGUGUGUAUACAUGUAUGUAUACAGACAUGCAUGUGUGUAUGUGCACAGAUGCUCUUCUAGGAUAGUUCUGCCACUUCACAUCAGUUCCACUAAUGUUUUACUCUCAUGGGUUAAAAUUCCCAGCAGACUUGAGCCUGGGAGAAAACCAGUAUCAUCUGAGGC